CCGCUCGGUAAAUUUUCUCUCUCUUUCAUCUUCUUUCUGACAUACUCUUUCUUCUUCAUUAUAUUUGUUUUUGAAAUCAGUCUUUUUCUAUUUCCCAUCUCCUCUGACCUAGACGUUUGUCAUCGUCGUUUGGUUGCUCUUCAUUUUUUCUCGUUCUGUAGUUCGCCUGCGUUGUAUUUCGAGGAAGAACAAAUCCGGGCUAAGAAGAUAAUGGGAAAAGAAAAGAUCUUCUUCGGCAGUGAUGAGACGAAAGGGAAGAAACGGCCAGCCCGUACUGUGGAAGUGGAUUCUCAGAUCUUGGAAAUUGUUCUGCACUAUGAUGGAGAAUUUGGAGAAGGUGGUUAUUUGUGGGGCGACGUGUGUGCAAGAUGUUUUGACAUUUCCCAACUGUCACUGAAUAGGCUUGAUUUGUGGGCCAAAAAAAUUGGAGUGAAGGGGCUGGUUAUGUAUUAUUGGAGGCAGCCAGAGUUGGACUAUCAUCGAGGGAUAAAACCUCUUGAACAUGAUAGAGAUGUUGAGGAGAUGGCAAGGGCUGCACUAAAAGAAGGUGUGGUUGAUGUCUACGUUCGAUAUUUAACCUCUGAUGAUGUGCAUAAUUUGGUGCCUGAGAGUGGACCCAAGUUAGAAUUGAAAGAAAUUGAAGAAGAUGGUCCAUUUGAGCCAGUUGAAGAUGGUCCAGUGGAGGCAGUUGAAGAUGCCGCGGGAGUUGAAGAAGGUCCAGGUGAUGAAUUAUUGUUGCUAGAAUGGUACGGCACUGAAGAUGAGGGCCAAGUAGAAGCCUUGGAAGUGGAGAUUGCUGCUGCUGAAGGCCCAUCUGAUGUGGCUGAAGGUCCAGAAGAAGGGUGCAGCAAAAAACAGAAGAACAAAUAAAAACGAAAGAACAAAUAAAUGUAGCGUUGUUUUGUAUU